AGAACAGGAUACCUCUGACAUGACGAGUCCAUUUUAUGACAAAGAUGGCUGCGCCCACGGUUUGUGUACCAGGUCAAAGAAUUUGUCGCCUGGAGGAGACCUGUGAGGGAGGAUGUGGUACCUACUCCAGGAAUGGUUACAUAUACUCCAGUCUGGCAGGAUAUCUGCAAACUUCUCAAAGUGAGGAUGGAAAGUCACUUAUUCAAGUGAAAACACAAAAAGAACAGAACAUUGUUCCAUCGUUGGAUGCUAUGGUUACAACAAGGAUAACAAAUGUAAACCCCAGAUUCUGUAAGUGCAUGAUUCUCAGCGUAGGAAGGAUUCCACUCAAGGAACCGUUCCGAGGACAGAUCAGGAAAGAAGAUGUGCGUGCAACAGAGAAAGACAAGGUGGAAAUGUACAAGUGUUUUAGGCCAGGAGAUAUAGUUGUUGCAAGAGUUCUUUCACUAGGAGACGCUCACUCUUAUUUACUCAGUACAGCUGAAAAUGAAUUGGGUGUUGUCAUGGCAACAAGUGAAGCAGGAGCUGUCUUGGAACCUAUUAGCUGGUGCAAGAUGAAAUGUCCAAAAACACUGACAGAAGAGUUUAGAAAAGUUGCCAAGGUUCAAUCAAGAUAUGUACAGUAUGCCGGAACGUAAUAAAAACUGUUUAAAAAACCUAA